AUGUCCAAGCGUACGGUUACCGAGGUCACGGCAGCCUCUACGAGCAGCAGCGAGCCGUACUCAAAAGUCGCCGUGAAUGGGGAUAAGCGGAAACAUGAAGGGGCCGACGAGAUGGGCGAGUUCGAGGAUGCCUGGGAGGACGAGAUCGAGAGCGAUGAGGAUGCGGUGGAUGGCGGUGAAGAUGGUAUGGACGUCGACCAGGUCAUGCCCGCCAUAGAGGACACCGAGGACCAGCCUGCCCCUGCGAAAGACGUUUACAUUCCGGGAACGCAUGUCUUGGGAGAAGACGAAGUUCUGGAACCGGAUGACUCUGUCUACGAGAUGCGGCAUAGCUUGAAAGUUUACUGGCCAUGUCUUUCCUUCGAUGUGCUACGGGAUAAUUUGGGCGACGAACGGCAGCGGUACCCUGCUACUGCUUACAUUGUGUCGGGCACUCAGGCGGAUACGGCAAAAAAUAACGAAGUGGUGGUGUACAAGUUGAGCUCAUUGCAUCGGACACAGAAGGAUGAAGAAGACUCGGACGAUGAGAAUGACGACGAUGAGGAUCUAGAUGAAGACCCUGUACUAGAGUUCCGCACUAUCCCACAUCAUGGCGGCGUGAACCGAGUGCGAGCGCAGCCGUUACCUCCGUCAACACCCCUCCCUCCAGUCUCUCAGCCAUACUACACUGCAACAUGGGCCGAGACGGGCAAGGUUCACGUAUGGGACAUUCGCCCGCUCAUCGAAUCAUUGGAUACGCCUGGUUAUACCAUUGACAAGUCACGCUCGCACACGCCGGCGUAUACUGUCAAUUCGCACGGCCGCGCGGAGGGCUUUGCCAUGGACUGGGCGUCGAGUGGGAGCGGGAGCUCCGGCCUGCGACUUUUGACUGGCGACGUCCAGUCCAAGAUAUACCUCACGACAGUGACUCCGUCCGGGUUCAACACGUUCGCACAGCCAUUUACCUCUCAUACGUCCAGCGUGGAAGAUCUUCAAUGGAGUCCGUCAGAGCCUACCGUCUUCGCGUCCUGUUCCGCAGACCAGAGCGUGCAGAUCUGGGAUGUAAGGAGUAAAGGAAGGAAGAGUAUUGCUGGGAUCGAGGCUGCGCACGAAAGUGACGUUAAUGUGAUCAGUUGGAACCGGAGCACAAGCUACCUACUACUCAGCGGUGGAGAUGAGGGCGGCAUAAAAGUGUGGGAUCUGAGAAAUGUGCAAAAGAAAGGGUCAUCCACUCCGGCACCUAGUCCAGUUGCUUCCUUCUCAUGGCACAAAGCCCCCAUAACGUCAAUCGAAUGGCACCCCACCGAGGACUCCAUUUUCGCCGCCUCGGGAGCUGACGACCAGGUCACGUUGUGGGACCUCGCCGUCGAGCAAGAUGACGAGCAAGAUAUGGACACAACCGAAAACCAAAGCAGGGAAGUACCCCCGCAACUCCUAUUCGUGCAUCAAGGACAGAGGGACGUGAAGGAGGUCCACUGGCAUCCGCAGAUACCAGGCGCCGUUAUUAGUACAGCAUUGGAUGGAUUCAAUAUCUUCAAGACAAUCUCUGUAUGA